CCCUCCCUCCAUCCUCCCCCUCCCCCUUCUCUCUGAUGCUCUAAAUCAUGUCUUUAAGAUUCCUCGGGAUUCUUGGUAGGGUUUUUUUUCUUUUUGGUGCUCAGUCAGUCCUCCAAAGAGAGGGUUGGGAGCCAGAGGCGAAGGAAGGAAGGGCUGGAGACGAGUUCCGUCCAUAAACCGGAUUCCAGAAAGAGCCCCUUCYUCCCUUCCCUCCUUCCUUCCUUCCCUCCCUUUCUCCCACCUCCCUGGACGCCUUAAGGAAAUACAACGAACCCCGCUAAGGUCGCAAUUCGGGGGUCCAUGCGUGGGCUGAGGGGCGCCUUAGAUGCUCUUGGGCUGGCGGGGGGAAGCUGAGAUGAUGGAAAGGAUCCGGAAAGAGAUGCUGCUGAUGGAGCGCGGCUUGCACGGCCCACCCGCGGGGAAGCGCCUCGUGUCCAGCCUCUCCGGGGACCCCGAGGGCCUGGAGCAGAGCCCGCCUUCGCACGGAGGGCGCCUCAGCCCCCGCCUGCCCCCCGCCGCCCUCCACGGGCCCCUGGGCGACCUGCCCCCCACCAAGGGCAAGUUCGAGAUCGAGGCGCUCUUCGGCCUGGCGCACCCCAACAGCGCCGCCGACGCCGCCGAGAUGGCCCCGUCCUCGGACCCCUCCGCCGCCGCCAGGAAGAAGAUGAGCCACUACUCCUCCGCCGCCGAAGUGGCCCAAGAGGCCGAGAUGGGCAGCGACGUGGAGGUGGGCUGCUCCGCGCUGCGCUCCCCCGCCGGCCUGGCCGCCUCCCAGCUCAAGGAGAACAACAGCGGCAAAGGCUACUCGGACAGCGGCUCGACCCCCAGCAACCCCACCUCGUCGUCCUCCUCGUCGUCCUCCUCGUCUUCCUCCUCCUCCUCGGGCCUCAGCGGCCUCCACGGCGGCGGCGCCCUGGGCUCCUCGGGCUCCAGCGCCGACCAAGUGCGGAGGUACCGCACCGCCUUCACCCGGGAGCAGAUCGCCCGGCUCGAGAAGGAGUUCUACCGGGAGAACUAUGUCUCCCGGCCCAGGAGGUGCGAGCUGGCCGCCGCCCUCAACCUCCCCGAGACCACCAUCAAGGUGUGGUUCCAGAACCGCCGCAUGAAGGACAAGCGCCAGCGGCUGGCCAUGUCGUGGCCGCACCCGGCGGACCCCAGCUUCUACACCUACAUGAUGACGCACGCGGCGGCCACGGGCAGCCUGCCCUACCCGUUCCACUCCCACGUGCCCCUCCACUACUACCCCCACGUCGGGGUCACGGCGGCGGCGGCGGCAGCGGCAGCCUCCGGGGCGGCGGCGGCGGCCUCCCCUUUCGCCACCUCCAUCCGCCCRCUGGACACCUUCCGCGCCCUCUCGCACCCUUACUCCCGGCCCGAGCUGCUGUGCAGCUUCCGGCACCCGGGCCUCUACCAGUCGCCCGCCGCCGCCGCAGGACUCAACUCCACGGUCGCCGCUGCCGCCGCCGCGGCCGCCGCCGCGGCUUCCUCAGCCCCUCCGUCGGGCUCGGCGCCUUGCUCCUGCCUCAGUUGCCACAGCAGCCAGGCGGCAGCGGCGGCCGCGGCGGCCUUGGGCUCUCGGGCGGGCUCGGGCGCGGAUUUCCCUUGCACGGCGGGCGGGGCGGCUCCCGCGCAGCGCUCCUCGGAGAGCGGCUUCCUGCCUUACUCCGCCGCGGUGCUGAGCAAGACGGCCGUGCCCUCGCCGGACCCGCGGGAGGAGGCGCCCUUGACCAGAUAGCCUCUAGGUGGCGCUGUGGGGAAGAAGCAGGCGCAGGCGGCGCGGGGGAAGGCCAGGGCGGGACCCGCAGACAUACACUGGAGAGCUUGUCUUUGGGGUGGGGGCUUGGUGGUGGUUGUUUUCUUAAAGUUAUCAUCUUUAGAUCUAUCAUUCGUCCCAGGGCCCCCUCGAAGCCAAGACUAAGGCCUCUUCUACACUGCCAUAUAAUCCUAAAUAUCAAAGCAGAUAAUCCAUAUUAUUUGUUUUGAAGUGGAUUAUAUGAGCCUACAUUGCCAUAUAAUCCAAAUUAUCUGCUUUGGAUUAUAUGAGUCUGCACUACCAUAUAAUCCACAUUAUCUGCUUUGAAUUGGAUUAUAUGAGUCUUCACUGUAAUAUAAUCCAUAUUAUCUGCUUUGGAUUAUAUGAGUCCACGCUGCCAUAUAAUUCACAUUAUCUGUUUUGGAUUAUAUGAGUCUACACUACCAUAUAAUCCACAUUAUCUGCUUUGAAGUGGAUUGUAUGAGUCUUCACUACCAUAUAUUCCACAUUAUCUGUUUGAACUGGGUUAUAUGAGUCUAUACUGUCAUACAAUCCACAUUAUCUGCUUUGAACUGGAUUAUAUGAGCCUACACUGCCAUAUAAUCCAAUUCAAAGUAGAUAAUACGGGUUUUCUAAGGCAGUGUACAAGGGACCUAAAUUGGCUUUAAAAUGAGAAUUGUAACCGUUCUUUUGAGUGUGAUUCUUAUUCUUAUUUAUAUAAGUAAAUUGUGAUUCUUAUUGUGCCCCCCUUGGAAGUAAAAACUAAAGUUGGAUCUACACUGCCCCAUAAUCCAGCUAACCAAAGUGGAUAAUCCAGAUUAUUUUGUUUGAACUGGAUUAUAUGAGUCUGUGCUGCCAUAUAAUCCAAUUCAAAUCUGAUAAUUUGGAUUUUAUAUGGCAGUGUAGAUGGGGCCUAAGAUUGGCUCUACAUUGCUAUAUAAAUUCCAGAUUAUCUUCUUUAAACUACACUGCCAUAUACAAUCCAGGUUAUCUGCUUUGAUAACAUUAUGCAACAAAAUUUGAAAAGAAAACCUUCCUAUUUUGAAAGUGUUUUUUCUUGCUUAAUUGUAUGGUAAUUACUUUGAAAGUGGUUAUUAUACUCCAGAAACAUUUGUUUCAGUGGCUGAGGAUAGUACUAUUAUUUCCUUCAGUCUAGGCACUUCGUGGUUUGUGACUUUUCUUAAUGAAAAGAUGUCAUUUUUAACUUUUCUGUGUGCAGGCUUCCACAAAGUUUUUGCAGUUUAAUAAACUUUUCCAUGUUUUUUUAAUGAUAGAACAAAUUAGGAAAUGACAUUUGUAACCCAGGAACAAAAAUCAUGUUGUAUAGUGUAAUUUGGAUUUUAUGGCAGUGUAGAUCCAGCCUAAGAGGCUUUCAAUUUGUUAUUAUAGAACUGUAGAGUUAGAAGGGAUCACAAUGACCAUCCAGUCCAAGCCCUUUCUGAUGUAUAGGAAAAUACAAUCAAACUAUUCCUGACAGAUGGCCAUCCAACCGCUGUUUCAAAAUCUCAGUAGUUCUCAAUCUAUGGGUCCCCAGAUAUUUUGGCCUUCAAUUCCCAGAAAUCCUAACAGCUGGUAAACUGGCUGGGAUUUCUGAAAGUUGUAGGCCAAAACAUCUGGGAACCUACAGGUUGAGAACCACUGCUCCACAGAAACUCCCAACAUAUUCUGCUGUCAGAUAGCUUUGAGGUCAGGAAAUUCUUUCUGAUGUUCAGGUGGAAUCCCAUUUCCUGCCAUUUCAAUCCAUUGCUCUGUGUCCUAGUCUCCAGAGCAGCAGAAAAGAAGCUUGACACCCCCCCCCCCCAAAAUGUGGCGUCCUCUCAAAUAAACAGGACUCUCAUGUUCUCUCUCAGCUUUCUCUUCUCCAAGCUAAACCUACCCAAGUUCCACAGACACUCCUCUGAAAGCUGGGCUUCCAAACUUUUGGUCGCUCUUCUUUGGAUACAUUCCAGUAUGUCAAUGGCCCAAUGGAAGCAAAAACUAAGGGUCCUUCCAGACAGGUUCUAUAUCCCAGGAUCUGAUCCCAGAUUUUCUGCUUUAAACUGGAUUAUAUGAGUCCACAUUGACAGAUAAUUUGGGAUAAACAGAAAACCUGGGAUCAGAUCCUUAGGUGGGCUUUGAAAUAAGAAUUCUCAUCAUAUUUUUUUUACUGUAAUUCAUGUCACGCCUCUAUGGAAGCAAAAAGUAAGGUGACAUGUCAAGUGGGUUCUCCUGCAUGGCAGAAUGGGACUGGAUGACUCUUGUGCUCUCUUCCAGCUCUAGGAAAAGUUCUGUGAACAGUUAAGUUAGCUGGAGAAGAAUCUGGGGAUCAACCUUUCUUAGAAGGACCAAAAUCCACCUACUUUUUCAUCUCACACAGGGAAGAGCCCAAGGAGUGCAUCAACACUGAAGAAUUAAUGCAGUUUGAUACCACUUCGAGUGGCAGAUCCCAAUGCUAUGGAGUUAUGGGAAUUUGUAGUUUGCCCAGCAUUCUUUGUCAGGGAAGGCUCAAUGAAGAUCUUGUCAAACUGCAAUUCCCAGGACUGCAUAGCAUUGAGCCAUGACAGUUCAAGUACAUUCAUUCUGCAGUGUAGAUCAAGCAUGGGUAAA